AUGCAGCAUCGCUUCCGUGUUGUAGAGAUCGAUCGAAUUCAUCCGGACAAUGCACGAACAAUUUUCAAAGCACCAGUGAUGUGUAAAGAUAAACAUUCGAUCAGUUUUUGUCGUCGUUUCAAGAAUAACGGUAUGGGAAAAUAUUCAUGUUCGGAUGCUGAAUUUGCAAUUCGAGUUUGUCGACAAUCUUGUGGCUAUUGUAAUGAUGACCUAUACUCAUUCCAUAAAGCAACAGCGCCAUGUAAAUAA